AAUAAUAAAUUAACAAAAUAUUUAUUUAUGUAUUCUAAUAAUUAGAUUGAACAGGGAAUGUUAUUUUAAUAUAAUAAAAAUGGAAAACUUGUCAUCUGCUAUAACUUUACCACCUAAAACACUUGCAAACAUUUUAGAACUUAUUAAAAUUAUGACUGGAUUAAAGAAUUUCAAUGAAAUUUAUUUGAAAUAUGUUCAAAUAUUAAAUAAUUUACAAGAUGAUUAUUAUGAACAUCCAAAACAAUUAGAUGUUGAACAAUGUGUAAAAGGUCUUUUGGAAAAAUAUUAUAUUCAAGGAUUUCCAUUAGAAGCUAAAGAAUUUGAAAUGCGUGUAAAUCAAUUCAUUAAUAAUUCCAAUAUCAAUAACCAUUCUAAUUUGUCAUCGAAUACUGUAAAAUGGUCAAUAAUAAGCAUGAUAAUCAAUAUGGCUAAUAAUCCUUGCGGUUCUAGAAAUGCUUACCGUAAGACUAAUUUACAGUCUAUUAGAAUAGAACUCGAAGGUGAAACUGCUGUACUAGGUGAUUCAUGGAAAACAAAUCUUAUACAAGAACUGUUAGACAUUGGUAGAAGUUCAAAUUAUGUAGAAUCUGAUACUGAGACAGAUCUUGAUGAUGAAACUGAUUCUUGUCUAUUAAGUUCAACAUCACUACAGACCAUAACAAUGAAAAAUAUGAAAGAUAAAACCAACUGUCUCACUAAUAAAGAAUAUCUUAAAUUAUUAUUUACUUAUGAAGAUAGAGCUAAAAAAUUGUUGAUAAAACGUGCUUCUCAAUUUUGGUGGCUUAAUAAAUAUGAAAAUAUUGUUAAUGGCGGAAAAAAUUGUUCCCAUUUUGCAUUAAGAAGAUUUUCAAAUAAUAAUAUAUUUAAGAUUGUGGAAGACAAUUAUGUAAUACUAGAAUGUUUAAAUAAUCAUUUGACUCCAUUUUCAUUUCUUCAGUAUAAUUUAGAAGAUCAAAUUAAAUUAUUUGGAUUUAUAAUUAUUUUAUCAUAUAUAUCACCUGAAGUAUUUAAUCAUUGGAUUUCAACUAUUUCCCAGUUUAUUGAAAAAUUUAAUAUUCUUAUGACAUUUAUACAUCAUAUAAAGGGUCUUAAAAAAGUACCCUAUACAUUAAGAGCUUAUGCUACAGGAUUGGAACAUAUUUUAGAACCAAUAAUAAAAAAAAUGGGAACAAUUGAAAAUAGAAUUAAAAAUCAAGUUGGCCAUGAAACAAUAUUAUCAUUUGAAGAAGAAAUGUAUUUGCAUUUUCAAAUUGUUUCAUUUGUUUUCUCUGUGCAUUCAAAAGCUUUAAUUUCAAAUUGGGAGUCCGCUGAUAAUUGGAAAACUUCAAUUAAAUUAAUAGCAGUUUUAUUUUGGUCUAUUCAAACAGCUAUUGUUGACUAUCAAAAGUCGGUGGUUAUGAUAUUGUUCUUACAUACUUUUGAAACCUACGUUCAUAUGACAGAAUUGUGGAUUCAUGCUGGAGAGCUAGUUGAUGAAAAUAAUGAAUUUAUUAUAUCUAAUUAUGAAGGAGACUCUAGUACUGUAUUUAGUAUAUUUUUUAAAGAUAUUCAUGAAUAUUUAGAUAAUUGUAACUUGAAUGUACCACCAAUUCUUGAAUAUUUAAUACAUUUUUUGAAUAACUGUGACUGGAAAGUGUUUGUUGCAUUGAAAAUAAGUAAUGAUGACAUAAAUACUUAUGAAGUUCCCAGAGGUGAAUUAUUUCACAACUUUUUAAUUGAAAUAAAAAAUUCCAACAAUAAUUGGAAAAAUUAUAUUACUCCAUUUAAUGAAUAUAAUCCAUCAAACUGGAAUCAGUUGCCAUUGUUAGCAUCAUCUUGUGUUAGUUAUAGAUACACGGACAAAUCAACAUUUCAUCUGACAUCACCUUCAAGUUUUGAAAUGGUAGAUAUCUUUUUUUUUGUUGUUCAAAGAGCCAUUAACAAUAUUGGAUUGAAAGUUAGAGAUAUUUUUCUUAAGGAAAAUAAAUUUAUACAUCAUUUGAAAAAUUUAUACAGUUUAAUUUUCUUAGAAGAAAUUAAUAAGUCUGUUUCAAUUGAUAGAAUGAUGGAAUAUAAGAUUGAACAAAAUUCAUUUUUGAAUAAUUAUUUUUAUUCACUUCUUGGGGAUGAUCAUAGUUCAAUUUUAUCUUUUAAUCACCCAUGCAAUCUAUCUUUGAACUAUAAAACUGAAAAAAAUAUUUACUCUAGUGAAAAUAAUAUAAUCAAAGAUAAUUUUGCUGAUGAAUUAGAACGAAUUUCAAUUAGUUAUACUGUAAAAUUUCCAUUGAGUUUAAUUUUAACAAAUGAUGUAAUAUUUAAGUAUAAUAAAAUUUUUCGUUUAUUAAUGACUUCUAAACAAGCUACGGAAAAAAUUUCUCAAUUACAAACUAAAGAUUUAAAUAAAUACAACUACUCGUUGGACGUGAAACGAAUGUAUUUUAUAAGGCUAUGGAUUAUGUCAACUACUUAUAAAUUACAAACAUAUUUCUUUAGUGUUGCUUCCAAAUAUUUAGGCCUUAAAUUGUUUGAUUGUAUUGAAAAAGUUAAAAAUGGUUUAGAAGCUUUUGAAAAAGUACUUGAAGAGCAUGUUUCUCAGGCUAUAAAGUUAUGUAUGCUAGAUGGUUUGAUGGAGAAAUUAUCAUACGGAUCAUUUACAUUGUUAUGGAAUGCAUGUGAUCAGUUUUAUCAAUUAUGGAUGAAAAGUGUAACGAAUGAAAAUAUUGAUGUUGAAUUAAUGGAAAUAAUUGAACAAGAAUAUGUUGAUUCUUGUUGGAAAUUAGCAAGUAAUUUAGAUACAUAUCUUGUUGCAGAGAAUGAUUCAUCAAGUAUUUUAUAUGAAUUUUGUCGAGAUUUUAUGUCAAGUAUGCCUACUAAAGAAUCAGCUGAUCUUGAUGGUAGUUUAAUUUAUAAAUUGAGUGAUUCACGAAACCGGUAUUCAUUUACCUAUAUGUAAAUAUCAGCGAAUAUAUUUUAAAAGUAUUUGGUUAAUAUAACUGAUUAAAUAUAUAAAAGAGUUUUUAUUU